AACGAGUCUCGCUGAAGAUCUUCAUGCGGCUGUCGUUUAAGUUGUGCCGAGAGAUAUUUUAUCGUGGAUUUUCGUAUUCACGAUCAAUUUGUGAUAAAAGAAAAAUUUCUUAUUCUUCCUUAAAAAUGGACCCUGCUGAAUUGUCGAAAAAAGCAGCUGCUUGUAAAGCUAUUGAUGAUCAUAUCAAGGAGAAUUGUGCAGUCGGUAUUGGAAGUGGUUCUACUAUUGUCUAUGCUGUAGAACAAUUAGCGAAGAAAGUUCAGAAAGAUAAUUUGAAAAUUCCUUGUGUACCCACUUCAAUACAGGCCAAACAACUUAUUCGACUUCAUAAACUAUAUUUGAGUGAUCUUGAGGAAACUCCCGAGCUAGAUUUUGUCUUUGAUGGUGCAGAUGAAGUUGAUGCGAACCUAACUUUAAUCAAAGGUGGUGGGGGAUGUUUGACUCAAGAAAAAAUUGUUGCUUCAUGCACCAAAAAUUUGAUUAUUGUUGCUGAUCACAGGAAGGAUUCCAAGACAUUAGGAACAAAUUGGACCAAAGGUAUUCCCAUUGAAGUCAUUCCAAUGGCAUAUGUACCCAUCAAAAAUCGACUUGAAGCUAUGGGUGGAGUAGCAGACUUAAGGAUGGCUAAAUCUAAAGCUGGUCCUGUUGUAACUGACAAUGGAAAUUUUAUCUUAGACUGGAAAUUCACUGUGACAAAUGCAGACUGGAAAGCUAUUGACCAAAAAGUAACUUGCUUUCCUGGUGUUGUGGAUACUGGUCUUUUUGUUGGUAUGGCUUCCAAAGUUUAUUUUGGCCAACCAGAUGGAACUGUGGUUGUUAAAGAUAAAAAGAGUGCAUGAUUUCAAAAAGAAAACUUUCAUCAUCAAGAAUCUCAAAUUUAAAAAACACUUUUCAGUAUUUUUUUAAUAUAAGAUGUUUCCUAAUGUGUUUCUUAUGUGUGAAUAAACUAUUGAGUCAAUAUAUGUAAUUUUUAUAAUAAAUGAAGUUCUAUUUUGUAUGAUACAAA